UUUUUCAGUUCGUCAUGUCGCAUCACCAGCGGUCUACUCGCUCGUCUUCAAGCAACGAGGUGCGGUCUGCCGAACUCCGAGGUAAACUUUCCUCCGAGCACAAACUACUGCUUGACGCAAUUGAAGCAACCCUCUUGGAUCCGCUGAAAUCAGAGAUUCAAGGUUUAAAGCAACAGUUUGGAAAAUUCGCCGAGGAGCAAGCGGUAAUUAAGUCGACGGUCGCACACCUGGAGAACAAAGUAGAGGAGGCAGCUGUUUCAAUCCAUCAACAUUCCAGGCGUCUCAAUGAGCUGGAGCAAUACUCGCGGCGCAACUGUCUUCUACUGCACGGAGCUACUACAUCUGAUUCCGACUCAGUCAGCGUCGUCCUCGACUUAGCCAAGAACAAGCUGGGCGUCACCCUUUCUGAGAGUGAGAUUGACCGUGCUCAUCCUCUCCCAGGACGCAAGGAAUCCAACAGCGGAAGGAAACCACCGAUUGUUAUCAAGUUUGUGUCCUACAACACCCGUAAUAAAAUCUUCACGGCCAAGUCUAAGCUGAAGGGAUCGGGCAUGUACAUCACCGAGCACCUUACACGCGAGAAUGCCCAGUUACUCCGAGAGACACGGGCGAAGCUGGGGACGGCCUGGUCCUUCGACGGCCGGAUCUUCUGCCUCGUCGACGGUGUGAAGAAGAAGAUUAGCUGUCUUGAGGACCUAGACUCCAUCACCUCAACUUCCUCAGCAGGCGAGACAUAACUCUAUGACUUACUGUCUGUAACUGUGGCCAAGUUCUCGCUAAUAGUUUGUUUGUUCCCUAAACAACCUGACUCAAGACGAUCUGUU